AUGGCCCGACAGAUUCAUAUCGACAGAUAUGAAUGUGAUAUGUCUCGAUCAACCAUUUCCAGGGGCAGUCGUGCUGCUGCUUUUGUGGGUUUUUGUUACAGUAUAUUCCUGAUAAUUUGCCUGAUUGAAAUCUCCCAGGCAAUUGACAUGCUGACUCCACCAGGGGCAAUCACCGAUGGCAUGACUUUGGUAUCUGCGAGAAAUGUAUUUGAGUUUGGCUUCUUUAGUCCCGGAAGCUCCAGAAAUAGAUACUUGGGAAUAUGGUACUUUCAGAUGAGUCCACAAACCAUUGUUUGGGUUGCAAAUGGGAAUAAUCCGCUUAAUGACUCAUCAGGAGUUGUAAGCAUUGCAAAAGAUGGAAAUUUCAUCCUCCAAGACCAGACAGAGAGGAUUGUUUGGUCUACAGGUGCGGAGAACAUAUCCUCAAAUGGGACCUUUUUGCAGCUAUUGGAUUCUGGAAAUCUUGUCCUGAGAAAUGACAACGGUGGAAAUGCAGGAGACUAUAUUUGGCAAAGCUUUGAUCAUUUUUCAAAUACAUGGUUAACAGGAAUGGAGCUAGGGAAGGAUCCCAGCAGUGGCCUGUUUCGACGUAUGACAUCAUGGACAAGUGCAGAUGACCGUGCCCCAGGGCAAUACAGUUGUAGUGUUAAUCCCCGUGGACCGCCCUUGGAAUUUGUACUUUGGGAAGAAGAUUCUCUACAGUAUAGAAGCGGACCAUGGAAUGGAGUUGGUUUCAGCGGACUCAAUUUUGAACCAAACAAUGUCUUCGACCUGAAGCUUGUGGUGAAUGCAGAAGAGACAUACUACGAGUACGUUCCUGAGACCAAACUUGUUACAACAAGGUCUGUUUUAAACUACUCCGGCAUAAUGCAGCGUUAUGUCUGGAAUGCUACCAGUCUAAAAUGGCUACUUGUAGGUAAUCUUCCCAAUGACCCUUGUGAUAAUUAUGGCCAUUGUGGUGCCAACAGUAUUUGCACGAUAAGUGACCCAACUAUUUGCAGUUGCUUGACUGGAUUCAUACCUAAAUCACAACAGGGUUGGGAAAUCCAUGAUUGGACUGGUGGAUGUGUUAGGAAACAUCCACUAAAUUGUUCAAAAGGAGAAGGUUUCUUGGAACUAAAAGGCGUUAAAGUUCCAGAUCAUUGGUUGAUUUGGAUUAACACCGGUAUGUCCCUGAAGGAAUGUCAAGCAGAGUGCUUGAAGAAUUGUUCUUGCACGGCAUAUGCUAAUUCAAAUGUUUCAGGGCAGGGAAGUGGCUGCCUAAUAUGGCAUGGGGAUUUGAUUGACGUAAGGCAACUAGUAAGACCAAGUGCUCAAAACCUCUAUAUUCGUGUUGCAGCUUCUGAUCUAGGCCCAAAGAAAAGAAACAAGGUCAUCUUGGUUGUGUUAACUUCCUCAUUAUCUUUGACAGUGAUGUUUUCAGUUUGCUGUAUCAUCCUACUUAACAGAGCACAUAUACAAGCUGGAAAGGUAAAACUGCAGCGCUGGUCUAAAGACAUGGAAGACCUGGAAUUGCCAACUUUUGAGAUAAUGAGUGUUGCAAAAGCAACUAAUAACUUUUCAGAGUCUAACAAGCUCGGAGAGGGUGGUUUUGGCCCUGUUUUUAAGGGUCAGAUUCCAACUGGUCAAGAAAUUGCAGUGAAGAGGCUCUCUGUAGAUUCCAAUCAAGGACUGAUUGAGUUCAAAAAUGAAGUUAAAUUGAUUUCUAAGCUUCAACAUCGGAAUCUGGUUAAACUUUUGGGAUGCUGCAUUCAAGGAGAAGAGAGGAUGCUGAUUUAUGAAUACAUGCAUGACAAAAGCUUGGAUUACUAUAUUUAUGAUAGUACAAGAAGGCAUUCACUAACGUGGACGAGGCCCUUUGACAUUAUUAUUGGAAUUGCUCGAGGGCUUCUCUAUCUUCAUCGAGAUUCAAGAUUGAGAAUAGUUCAUAGGGAUCUGAAAGCUAGCAAUAUUCUUCUCGACAGAGAGAUGAAUCCUAAAAUUUCAGAUUUUGGCAUUGCUAGAACUUUUGGAGGAGAUCAGAGUUGCGAAAGAACAGGAAGGGUUGUUGGCACCUAUGGUUACAUGUCUCCCGAAUACGUUGUAAAUGGACUAUACUCAAUGAAAUCAGAUGUCUUCAGCUUUGGAGUAUUGAUCCUGGAAAUUAUCAGUGGCAGAAAGAACAGAGGUUUUUGCCAUCCAGACCACAACCUUAACCUACUCGGACAUGCAUGGAAACUCUGGCAUGAUGGGAAUGCCUCUCAACUAAUAGAUGAGCUAAUGGAAGAAUCAUUUCCCAUGUCUGAGGUAGAAAAAUGCAUUCAAGUUGGCCUCUUGUGUGUUCAGCGACGCCCUGAAGAUAGACCUACCAUGUCCGAUGUACUGUUGAUGUUGGAUGGUGAAAGUACCAUCCUUCCCCAACCUAAGACGCCUGGUUUCUAUAUGGAAAGGUGUGGAGAUGAGAGACUAAAUUUGCUAGGUGAAGAAUGCCCUACCACAAAUGAUGUAACUAUCACUGUAGUUGAGGGUCGAUAA